AUGGCCGAGGCAGCGGGACGUGAGGCCGUUUUCCCGACGAGACAGUCACUUGGGUUGAUGAAAGCGAAGCUUAAGGGUGCUGAAACAGGACAUAGUCUCUUGAAAAGGAAGAGCGAGGCACUGACAAAGCGUUUCAGAGAAAUCACGAAACGAAUCCACGAUGCGAAGCUUAAGCUUGGACGUGUCAUGUCAGUAGCUGCAUUCUCGCUAGCGGAGGUCACCUAUGCCGUCGGGGGAGAUAUCGGGUAUCAGGUGCAGGAGUCCGCCAAGUCGGCCCGCUUCCGGCUCACCACUAAACAGGAUAACGGAAAGGCGGCCAGCAGGUCCAGAAAUGCCGAGAGACAUAUGCUCGAGCUGUUGAGGCAUUGGUUGAACUUGCCACUCUACAGGAUUUGCGCGUUGCACUGCGCUACUACUUCAAUGGCUAACUUUGCUCUAGACAUCAACGCCGAACUCGAUGAGCUUGACCGAGAAGAGUUUUACCGGCUGAAAAAGGUGGCCAAGAAAAAGGAGAGGGAUAAUGCGGCGCUUGAUGCGGAGCUGAAGAAGAGACGUGGUGCCGAUAGUAAUCUCGUGGGUGCGGAUGAGGACACCCCGACGAAUAUUUUGGCUGUUGAGGAUGAUGAUGUCAUCUUCUAG